UGCCAUGCAAAAACGUGGUUCGUUGCUGCGCGCUGCGCGAGCGGCACAGUUGCGGGGCGUGGAACGAUCAGCUGCCUUAUGUGCUGUUUGGCGAUGGAAGGAGGCAACUGUUCCAUCUCCGCUCAUCAUAGACCGGUUUGCAAAAGAGUUUGCGCAGGAGGGUCUUGGGCCAGAAACGGUGGACAAACUAUCAGCUGCGACUUUCGCUUCCAGUCUGCAAUACUUGGUUGCACUUCGCACACGCUUGUUAGAUGACCGUUUGGUAGCGUGGUGUUGCCAAGAACGAACCACUUCUAUCCGCCAGGUUGUUCAGCUGGGGGUGGGCUGUGACACCCGGGCACUUCGCCUGGCUGAUAUGCACUUCUUUGAGGUGGACACCCCGCGGGUGGUGAAAUUUCGCCAAAGAUGGGUACAACACCUUGGACAUGUUGUCCAGCUGGGCUUGGACUUGAAAAAGCCAGAGAUGCUGCACCCGGCGUUGGUUGAUGCUGGGUUUGAUCCAAAUGCCUCCACGGCUUGGGUGUGUGAGGGUCUGCUGGAGUACCACGAUCCGAGCUUCACCGUAGCCCUCCUCAAAGCACUGCAGACAAUUCGGGGCAUGGCCCCGCAGCUGUUGAUUCUUGCAGUGCUGGAUCCGUAUUGGCUGGACUUUCUACGGCAGGAGCACAGGCAGAAACCUGUGAGAAUGGCAUGGAAGCCCAGCAGGUUGCCGCCGAUCACGUGGUACCAAGACCAACUGCUGCAGCAUGGCUGGGAUCUCCGGGAGGUGAUCAGUGAACUCAGUGAGAGGUGCCCCGUGCCGGUGUCAAGUCUCUUCCAUGUACUGGUUGCAAGACGUUGACGUUGCAAGGAGGUUGCAAGGUGCAGAAACAGCAUCAAUGGGACUAUGACAUGAUGGCCUUACGAGGGGUUGGCUCUGCCUUGCUGCGAAGCAGGUCACUGUGCAGGAUUGGCCAAUGGGCAAAGGAUCGGCAAAGGACGACUUUGGCACCGAAUGUUUUCUUCGAAUGGUUCCAUUUCCGCAUUUUCUACGAAUUUGUGUGAGUGGCCCGAUGUUUGGAAAUACGACCAAACAGUGCUUUGAUCGAACCUGACUUGAAUUCCCUUGACAUUUUCAUGCAGGCACCGGCAUGUUUGCACAGAGAGGUCCCUUUUU